GGGGGGGAGGGGGGUGGCAGGGGGGGUGGGAGAGAAAAAUGCUGCCUUCGCAAGAAGCCUCCAAAAUCUACCAUGACAACUACAUGCGCAACUCCAGGGCCAUCGGGGUCCUGUGGGCAAUAUUCACCAUCUGCUUGGCCAUCAUUAAUGUGGUGGUCUUCAUCCAGCCCUACUGGAUCGGCGACAGCGUCAAUACCCCCCAAGCCGGCUAUUUCGGCUUGUUCCACUACUGCGUGGGCAACGGGAACUCCAACCGGGAGCUCUUGUGCCAGGGCAGCUUCUCCGACUUCAGCUCCAUCCCAUCGGGAGCCUUCAAGGCGGCCUCCUUCUUCGUGCUGAUGUCCAUGGUGCUCAUCCUCAGCUGCAUCGGCUGCUUCGCCCUCUUCUUCUUCUGCAACACCGCCACGGUCUACAAGACGUGCGCCUGGAUGCAGCUGCUAUGCGCUGUGUGUUUGGUACUCGGCUGUAUGAUCUUCCCGAAUGGCUGGGACUCCGAGGUGAUCCGGGACAUGUGCGGAGAGGACACAGCGAAGUACACCCUUGGCAACUGCUCGGUGCGCUGGGCCUACAUCCUGGCUAUCAUUGGUAUCCUGGAUGCCCUCAUCCUCUCCUUCCUGGCGUUCGUGCUUGGCAACCGGCAGAGCGACUUCCUGCAGGAGGAGCUGAAGGCCGACAACAAAGACUUUGCUGUGUCAAGGAUUGAAAUCCGGGACACCAAGGAUCCAAGAUUCGGAGUCCGGCGGUUCCCCUGAGAACCAAACUUCCUGUCCUCCUCUUCCAUUUCCCCCUUCCUUCAGUCCAUCCAUCC